UCGACGACACAAAAAUCACAUUUUGCUUGGAAUACAAGAGGUUUUUUAAAAUUUUCUGAUUUAAAUCGACUUUUUAAGUUGUUUUUAAACGGAAACGCUGCUGCAAUGGCCCGCACUGAGCUUGAGAAAAAGGCAAAACGUCAAGGCAAGAAACGCAAGCACGAGGCGGCUGCAAAUUCUGAAAAUGCGGCAUCCGACGACGAGGUGGCCAACAAAAGUCUAAUUUUGGAGCCACAGGUGGAGCAACAGGCUGCUCCAACAGAUAAACCGCACAAAAGGCGACAAAAAGGAGAAGAAGUCUUGGCUACCAAGAAACGCAGCAAAAAAUCGGCGGCGUAUGAGCAGGUGGCCACCAAUGAAGGCGAAGAAACUCCUUUACAGAAGCCUCUGAAAAGAAAAAACCUUCAGGAAUCAAGAAAACCCAUUAAGGAGAAGCGCAGCAAGCAGGAAAACAAUUCAGAUAACGAGGAAGAAGAUUCCCAGCCCACAGAAGAUCAAUUAAAAGAGGCAGCUCUUCCGGAAAACUCGAAUGCCGUGGUCACCGUGCGCCAAAAGAAAAAACAGAAGCACCAGCAGCGCCUCGAGGCACAAAAGAACCAGAACACCAACAAAGAAGCCAAAAUCAACAAGGAAUACCUCUUGAAAUGGAAGGAAUCGCGUCAGGAGUGGAAGUUCAUUAAACUCCGGCAGAUUUCCAUCCAACAAACCGCUUUCGAUGAGGAGAAACUGGACGCAGAUCUCUGGCCAACUGCUCUGGAGUAUUUGGCCAGUUCCCAGGGAGCAGCGCGCUCAAAGAUCAGCGAAUUGGCCCAGGAGGUUAUCCAGAAACUGGACAAAGAGGGCGAAAAGCUGGAGGAUGAGGCUGAACGACAGAAACUUAUCGAGUCCACGCGGUACCAGCGUGCCCGCGAUCUUCUCCAGAGCUUCGACUAGUUGUUUAUGUUAGUUGUUAAUGUGUUUUUAGAGUUUAAUAAAGAAUCGCCUUUUUAUUUUACGAA